AUGUCUGAUCUUUCCCAGUAUAAGGUGCUCAUGCUUGGUGCGGGCUUCGUCACCCGCCCGACGCUUGAUGUCCUCAGCGAAGCCGGCAUUCCGGUGACUGUUGCCUGCCGUACCCUGGCGACCGCCCAGAAGCUGGCCGAGGGCGUGCCCACGGCUACUCCCAUCUCGCUUGACGUGACGAACGACCAGGCGCUGGAUGCCGAGGUCGCCAAGCACGACCUGGUCAUCAGCUUGAUCCCAUACACUUUCCACGCGACCGUUAUCAAGUCGGCCAUUCGCAACAAGAAGCACGUCGUCACCACCAGCUAUGUUUCUCCCGCCAUGCAGGAGCUCGACGCCGCCGCCAAGGAGGCUGGCAUCACCGUCAUGAACGAAAUUGGUCUCGACCCCGGUAUUGACCACCUGUACGCUAUCAAGACCAUCGAGGAGGUGCACCGCGCCGGUGGCAAGAUCAUCAGCUUCCUGUCGUACUGCGGUGGUUUGCCCGCUCCCGAGGACUCGGACAACCCGCUGGGCUACAAGUUCUCUUGGUCGUCACGCGGUGUGCUGUUGGCCCUGCGCAACGCCGGCAAAUGGUGGCAAGACGGACGCGUUGUCGAGGUCGCCCCUAAGGACCUCAUGAAGACGGCCAAGCCCUACUUCAUCUACCCCGGUUAUGCCUUCGUCGCCUACCCCAACCGAGAUUCGACUGCCUAUAAGGAGCGCUACAACAUCCCUGAGGCCCAGACUGUCAUCCGCGGCACUCUGCGCUACCAGGGCUUCCCGCAGUUCAUCAAGGUUCUGGUCGACAUCGGCUUCCUUGAGGAUACCCCGCUCGAUAUUCUUUCCAAGCCCGUCGCCUGGCGUGAGGCUACUCAGGCUGUCAUCGGCGCCCCUUCCUCGUCCGCUGCCGACCUCGAGGCCACCAUCCUCUCCAAGGCGACUUUCGAGUCGGAGGAGGACAAGAAGCGCAUUCUCUCUGGUUUGCGCUGGAUCGGCCUGUUCUCUGACGAACCCAUCACGCCCAAGGGCAACCCUCUCGACACGCUGUGCGCGACCCUGGAGCGCAAAAUGCAAUAUGGCCCUGGUGAGCGCGACCUGGUCAUGCUGCAGCACAAGUUCGAGAUCGAGCAUGCCGAUGGCACGCGUGAGACGCGAACCAGCACGCUCGUUGAGUACGGAGACCCUAACGGCUACUCAGCCAUGGCCAAGACCGUUGGUGUCCCCUGCGCAGUUGCUGUCAAGCAGGUGCUCAGUGGGCAGAUUAAGGAGAAGGGUAUCCUGGCGCCGAUGACCUGGGAGAUUUGCGAGCCGUUGAUGAAGGAGCUGGCGGAGAAGCAUGGCAUUACCAUGGUGGAGAAGACGAUCUCGUAA